GUUGACGUUACUAAGGGGUCCAUAGAAAUUUGACAGCUUCACAGGUGAGACAACCGUCCAGUGGCUGUUUCACUUUACGUUUCUAUUUUCUUUUACCCCUGGAACUCCACUCACUGUGAGCCUGGGGUUGUCACAAUCAAAAAGCAACCUUUCGAAGUCUUAUCACUCCGGCAGCAUGAGCAAAAAGAAAAAGGACUGGAAGACUGAAAAAGAACGACUCCUUCAACUAGAUCGAGAGGAGAGGCGCAAGGAAUAUCGUAAAGGUUUUACACAACUGGAAGACAUUCCAACUUGGAGAGAGGAAAAUAGAUCCAGGAACAAAGAAGAUGAUGAGAAGGAGCUUACAGGUGGAGGAGGCCUUGGUGAUAAAGUAUCUCUCUACAAGGGUGAUAUUACUGUCCUGGAGGUGGAUGCCAUAGUCAAUGCUGCAAACACCAGUCUUCUGGGAGGAGGCGGAGUUGACGGCUGCAUACACAAAGCGGCAGGGUUCUGUCUGUAUGAUGAGUGUCACUCACUAAAUGGCUGUGAAACCGGCAAAGCCAAGAUCACCUGCGGUUAUGAUCUCCCUGCAAGAUAUGUGAUCCACACUGUAGGUCCAGUGGCUAGAGGUCAUGUUGGCGAUAAAGAGAUAACAGAUCUUACCUCCUGCUAUAAAAACUCCCUGGAUUUGGUGAAGGAGUAUGACUUGAGGACUGUGGCCUUCCCAUGCAUUUCCACAGGCAUCUAUGGCUAUCCCAACGAGCCUGCAGCGGACAUCGCUCUGGGCACAGUAAAGGAAUGGAUCGAAAAAAACCCUGAUAAGAUCACACGAGUCAUUUUUUGUGUCUUCCUCGAGACUGACUUUACCAUUUACAAGAAGAAAAUGGCCAUCAUCUUUCAAGACAAUGACAUCGAGGUUACGGAGGAGCAGCUGAAGGGAGACAGCACACCUCCAUCAACAAAAUCUACAACCAAGGAAGAGGCUGAGGAUGCCGAAAAGGGUGAAGAGGAAGCUCAUGACGAAGAGGAGAAGAACGAUGAACCAGAAGAUGAAGACAUGCCGAGUCAACCCCAAGAUGAGGAUGACAAUUCAACCAAAAUGGAGCCAGACCAACAACAGAAUGACAAUGAACGUGAAAAGAGUGAAGAAUUAAGCAAAAUGGUCACUGACAACGAGGAAGAUGACAAUAAAGAGCAAAACACCAGCAAAGAAAAGGAGGAUAACAAAGAUCAAAAACAACCUGUCCCAGAGAAAGAUAAUGACCCACCAGAUACCAACAUGGAAGUAGAAGAUUCCUCUGAACCCAACGCUGGCACCAGCAAUGGCGAGGAUAAAAAACCUGUUGAGAGCUCAGAAGAACCUUCUUCAAUAAAACCUGAAGACCCAAAGCCCAAAGACUCUGCUGAGAACAAAGAAGGACCUACUGAGACGAGAACAAUCAACCUCAUCUGACAGCCAGUAAACUGUGCAAAGGCCAACCGCACUGGUGUCAGACGGGCCCCUGUCAGAAUGGGCUCUGACACUGGCCCAGGACAACCAGAAACUUCACAUGAUGCUCACAAACCCAACUUUAAUUAGCUUUCCACCUUUUAAUUCUUCCCUGAAGUAUGUCUGUACUGUAUGUAAAUGUAUGUAUGUUACAAAACCUUGCUAUUGGACUUGAACAUAUCAACCAGAAAAGAAGAGCCAUACCUCACUGUGUGUUAGUCAUCCAUCAUUUUGCCAGCAAGGUGCAAAGAUAUGAACCAGGUUCAAAUGUUUAUUUGCUAAAAGCCACUGUGAGAGUGCGGUCAAGCUGUCAGAGGACAGCAGCCACAGCUCCUACAUGUUGACACUCCUGACUGGAUGAGGCUUAACAGCAACCUUUUUGUUCCUACAAUUCCAGCUUGGUAAUAUACAGGUUAAUGUUCUACAUUAAUGGGGCUUUUAGAUUACACCAUUGGUGCAACGCCAAGUCAAAUUAGCCAAUGACUGCAAGGCAACGUGCCAUUCCCUGGCAAGUCUCGCGUUAACAUCCCAGAUCACACAAACCAGGAUGCGGCCGUCUCUUGACAAAUUGAUUAGCUCUUUUAUUCCUCCCCCUGUCUUCUUUGCCUUUUCCAGUGCAUGCAAGAAAAUUGCUUUGAAUUUCAAUGUCAUAAAAAAGAACUAGCCCUCUUCACUUUUGCUUGUCUUCUUUCCAGAUUGUUUAUAAUUGUAUGGAAGGAAUCUGCCUUAUUUCAUAUCAGACAAAAAAUAAUGGUAUCAGACUUCAGGAGGUGGGCCAAGUAUGAUUUUAUGCUUCUGUUUUGCUUGCAGAUGAUUUGUAUUUUUAACUGCAUCACAAUGGCUAUUAUCUGUUGUUAAACAUUUCUUGUUUUAUUGGGUUGAAUUUAAAAUGGUUUUACUUUCUUUUAAUUGUUAGCAAAUUAUUUUUGGUGGUGCCAUGCUAAAGAACAGAUGAAUUACAGUUCUAUGAAAUGAAAUGAUGAUGCCUUCAUACUUUGAUGUUUGCUUUGCUAAACUAUAACAGAAACAACAAAUAAAGUUUAAA